AUGGCGGCAUCUGGUGCAAAGGGAGUGGAUGGGGGCAGGAAGGCUACGACUGUGCAUUUUAGCAAUGUCGUUGGCUGCAAAGUCAUGAGGAAACACCCAACCACCUUCAAGCUCGUUGUGUACAAGGCUACGGAAAGUAAACGGUACGAUUUUGAGGCCAAGACGGCGGAUGAGGCGAACGAAAUCGUGAAGGAACUUAAGAAGGGCAUCUCGCCCUAUCGGGAUGUCUAG